AUCAUUAUUUUCUUUUUCUUUUUAGGUGUAAAAUAAAACAUGACAAAUAAAAAUAAAUCGAGCUGUGAUCAAACUCUACUGUCACCUUGAUAUUCUAACCUUCCAACUAUCAUCGCCCACAUGUUGACAGUCACACUGAGUGUCACCAUUAAACUCCAAAACUUCUCUCUGUUUUUUUUCUCAAGCUUUCUCCAAUGGCGGAUUACGAUGCCGCCCCAACCCAUCACCACCCAAACAAUCUGAUCCAAAAAGAGACCGCUCUACAAGCAAUCAACACAAUAAUCCAGCUCCAUUUCGAAAAAACUCUCGAGAAAAAACGAGCAAUCGAUUUACAAAAAAAGGAACUAUGGAAAAUGUUUCAACAUUUCUUCAUCUUUUUAUCACUCAUCUUCCUGGGUCAAGCUCUUUCUCCGAAGCUUCAAUGCCGACAUUGUUGGAUACCCAUUGGUCUUCUCUCGUUAUCCCAUCUGAUUUUCUACGUAUCUGUAGCCCAAACAUUGAGAUGCAUCAAUGGGUUUAAGUAUCAACGGAGAUGUCAUAAAUUAACAUUAGGGUUAGCUACAGAAAGGUUAAGGCAACUGAAGAUGAGGAUUAACAAUGGUGGGGUUGAAGAAAUUGGGGAUGAAUUUGAAAUACAUUAUCAAGAACCACCAGAGAGUUAUUUUGGUAAGUUUAAGAGAAAUUGGGCACUGCAUUUUGGGUUUUUGAUUUUUAUUUAUGGAUUUAUGGUUUCUUCCUCUGUUGUAAUACUCUGUUUUUGAGAUCUUCAAAAGAAAUGAACUUUGGUUAGGGUUUUGGGUGGGUGGAGGAGGGGCAAUUUUGGGAAUUUUGAUGGAAAAUAUUUGUUGUAAUUUUUAAAAAUAUUUGGAUGAAUUAUGGGUUGUGAUUUUUUUUUAUUUUUUUUGGUAGUUUUGUUUAUUUAAAAUUGUUGAUAUGUACAUUUUUGUUUUGUAGGUUAGUGCUUCUAGAUUUUCUUUUUAAAAAUAUCAUAUUAGGAAAGAAAUUUGUAUUCGGGGAUGGAGUUCGACCAAAUUUAAAUUAAUGACAAAAAAGAUGACUUUAUAUACAAGAGGGCUCGAAUCCGUAUUUAUCAAUUCUUAUUUGUGAGAAUUGUAUAUUAUUCAUCUCGUGUCAUCUGUUGUUGACGUAAUGUUAUUUGACUUGAAA